CCAGCGACCACAUACUGCUGUGUCUGCGCUCGCGAGUGGGGGACCAGCCAGCCCGGGGCGGAGGGAAGGGCUCGCUCCCCAGCUGGCUGAGUGGGGGGGAUCUGGGGGAAGCCUGCUUGAGGAGCAGCGGGAGCGGAGCCCCCCAGGGCCGGAGCUGCACCUCCCACCUCCACCUGCAAUGCAGGGUGAAGUGACAGUCAGUUCUUCUCUGAGCCCUGUAACAGCAGCUUCUUUACCACUGCAAUCACAAUCCAGGUGUGCAGCAUUCUCGCAGCCAAUCAGUGAAGGCGAAAUCUUCAAAUUACCAGGCAGGCUCAGAAUCCAACCCUCACUGUGGAGCAAGGAUGAUGUGAUUCACUGGCUAAGAUGGGCUGAGAAAGAAUAUUCACUCCGGCGAACAGACGAAAGCAAGUUUGAAAUGAACGGAAAAGCCCUUUGCAUUCUCACCAAGGAGGAUUUCAGAUAUAGGGCUCCUAGUUCAGGUGAUGUUUUGUAUGAGUUACUCCAAUACAUUAAGACCCAGAGAAGAGCCCUGGUGUGCAGCCCUUUAUUUAACUCACCCUUUAGGGAGGCAAAGCACAUGCAGAUCCAGAGCCAUCCAGAAGGUGUGAAGUGCAGGUUAGAAGUUUCCCCAGCUGCAGUCCCCUCGUUGUCAAUGAGCUGUCUGAGCCGUGCAGAACAGCCCAGGUCUCCUAGCAAAGCUUCCUGUAGAGCGGAGCCACUUAACCUCUCUCAUCACAGCCCAGAAGUCAACUACAGGGCAGAGAUCAUCUGUUCUUUUCCCAAUACACCACCAGCCCCAGUCGAUGGAAAAAUUGCAGACUGCAGGUUACUCUGGGAUUAUGUCUAUCAGCUCCUCUCUGACAGCCGGUAUGAGCCAUACAUCAAGUGGGAAGAUAAAGAAGCCAAGAUUUUCCGGGUUGUUGAUCCUAAUGGACUAGCCAGGCUCUGGGGAAAUCAUAAGAAUCGGGUGAACAUGACUUAUGAGAAGAUGUCAAGAGCUUUAAGACAUUACUACAAACUCAACAUUAUCAAAAAGGAACCAGGACAGAAGCUGUUAUUUAGAUUUUUGAAGAGUCAUGGGGAGAUACUACAUGACAAAUCAAGCAAACUAGAGCAGCUGGAGAGUGAGGAGCAGGAAGGACUGGAUUUUAAGGAGGACACGCUGGAGGUCUCACCCUAGGAAAUCUGCAGCAUGGUGUCUAAUGUGUGAACAUGCUAUCCUAUAGACAAGCUUUGAUGCCACUGUGAAGAAAUCAGGAUGUCUCGUGCUCUGACAAGAGGCCAACUUUUUCCUUUUGGCUGCAAGUUAAGGGCUUCAGUACAUAUUCUAGUCAGACUAUGCCAUCAAGGGACCAUUAGCAGCAGAGGUCAUGCACAGAAAUGGUUCUCCAGUCCUAUGUAAUCGGAGAUCAAUCUGUGGUCUGGUCUUUUGCUUAGUUGUCUUUUCUUCAUAGGUGCUCUUUGUUCUGUUUCAUUUUUAAAUGAUCAGAUUUGGUACAUUAUGGACAAUGCUCAUUCUUUGAGUCUCAAAACUAGUCUUUUUCUUGUUGGCCCUCAAAUCAGCAAGACAUCCCCAUUUAGCAAAGCACUUAAGCACAUGCUUGAGUGCUUUCAUUAAUAGGGAUGAUCUUACAUGCUUACUUGAAUCAGGGUCUUUGUCCCUGAUGCAGCAAUGGACUGGCAUGCAUGUCUAACUUUAAGUAUGUGAUAGUCCCAUUGACUUCACUAGAGCUUCUCACAUGCUAAAGUUGGAUGGGUGCACCUUGCCGAAUCAGGGCUCGAGUGAAGAUGUGUAGACUGAAGGGGUCCUUUAAGCUGCACAUUUAAUUAAUUUCACUCUAUUAAUACUACAUUUAUGAUUAGCAGGCCAUGAAAAAAUGUGACAUUACAGGAAUGAACAAUGACAGGAACACUUGAGAAUUACAGAUCGGCUAGCUGUUUCACUGGCAUAAGUGAGAAGAAGUAGGCUUGAUAACUGCAGGAGGAUUCAGAGAUGCAUGUUGCAAAAAUUGAGGGGUUAUUUGGAACUGGGGUUUUGAUCUGCUACAUUAGAGAAGUGGGCCAGACAUUAAUUUCAGAUUUGGACCAGAACUUCCCAAAUUUUGGGGGAUUGGAAUUUGAGUUUUUGGUUUGUUUAUCUCUUUAAAGAAUGAAUGGACCAGAUCCUUACCUGGUGUAAAUUAAAUUGCCAUAGGUCCAAUGGAGUGAUGCUGAUUUAUAGUACCUGAGCAUUUGGGCCAAAGUGUUUACACAGUCUGACAGCAAGAGAGGUUCUCAUGUUAGAUGUCCAUGCAAUUAGUUCAAACAUUGCCCUGCAGUAUUUGUGACUGAGACACUGCAACUCAGCAUUAAGAUCCUGGAAGUGAAACUAACUUAUCUGAUUCCAGUGUCCAAGAUGAGUCAUAUGCAGAACCCAAACAGCAGAAGCCAAUUUAGAUUUUACAAGUUCAUUCCUUUUUAAUAAUCUCAGGUGUUACUAGUAACACAGGUAAGGACAUACAUGCAUGUGGUUUAAGAGGACUUAAUCUGACAAUAUCCAUUUAUAUUUUUAUAGAUUUCUUCUUGUUUAGGGAAUAAACACCACUGAUUGA